AUGUCUCAUCCAAGAAACACUGAAAUAUACUUUAACUUGAACAACGGCGGUAGAAUUCCUGCCAUUGGUUUGGGUACCGCAUCUCCUAAAGGAAGGUACCCAGAAACUAAAAAAGCUGUAAAGGCAGCAAUUAGGGCCGGUUACAGACAGAUUGAUACUGCCUGGUAUUACAAGACAGAACCAUAUAUUGGGGAAGCUUUGAAGGAGCUAUUUAGAGAUGGCGAGAUUAAAAGAGAAGAUUUGUUCAUUACUACAAAGGUUUGGCCUUGUUAUUGGGAUGAUCCAUCGACUUCUAUUAAUGAAUCUUUGAAAUCAUUGGGUAUUGAUUAUGUCGAUAUGGUUUUGCAACAUUGGCCGCUUUGUUAUAAGAAAACUUACGAUGAAAACGGUACAAUUAUCGGGAAACCACUAGAUAAAGAUGGGAAAGUUAUCUUUGCGGAAGGUGCUGAUUGGAUUACAACUUACCAAUUAAUGGAGAAAAUUUAUUUGGAUCCAAAGGAUACCCGUGUGAGAGCCAUUGGUGUCUCUAAUUAUCCUAUUGAAUAUCUAGAAAGAGUUAUAAAGGAAUGUAAAGUGACGCCCGUCAUCAAUCAAGUGGAACUACAUCCUCAUUUGCCUCAAUUGGAACUGAAUGAUUUUUGUCAUAAGAACGGUAUCUUGUUAACAGCUUACUCCCCAUUGGGAUCGGGUGGGGCUCCAAAUACAAAGAUUCCUUUAGUUCAGGAAUACGCCAAGAAACAUGAGGUUGCUCCUGCCGAUAUUUUGACUUCAUACCAUGUGAGGAAGGGUAAUGUUGUCAUUCCAAGAUCGUUAAAUCCAGAAAGAGUGGCAUCAAAUAUCUAUUUUGCUCCUUUAACGAAGAAUGAAAUGAAAAGUUUGGAUGAUUUUGGUGUCAACACUCCACAUAGAUAUAUUGGGACAGACAUGGCUGGUGUUAUCCCAGGAUUCACUCAUGGAUGUUGA